GGCCUGGUGGUCUUUGCUCUGUUUGGAGUGAAGAGAUGUGGACAUAUGCAUACAAGGUCCACGAACACUGGCUUCAUCAGCAUUCAGCUUUGUGCUUCUAGGUAAUAUGUAUCUGAAGCCAUGUAAUGUUUAACAGAGGAAAACAGCAGUAGGAGUAAAGCAGCAAGAAACAGCACAGCCCAUGGAGAGCACAGCCCUCUGAAUGUAAAUAUCUGUGAAGAAUGAUGAAGGCCAUCCUCCCACUGUGCUUGCUGGUGGCCAUGCUUCACCUCAGUGUCCACAGUCUGACCCAGACUGAUCACCACACUGACCAGUCUGAGGCAACUGACCCCCAGGAGCAGCAUUCUCUUGAGGUAGAUCCUCUUGAGUCCUGCCAAAGGAUAAUCCCAAGCAAUACAAACUUUGCCUUUCAGUUUUACAGGCAAGCAACCACUCAAGAACCUGACAAGAACAUUUUCUUUUCCCCAGUCAGCAUCUCUGCUGCCCUUGCCCUUCUGGCCCUGGGCUCCCGAGGCAGUAGCCAGGCUCAGCUGCUGGAAGGGCUGGCCUUUAACCUCACCACCAUCCAGAAGGAGGAGAUACACCAUGGCUUUGGUCAGCUCCUCCGCUUGCUGAACCGCCCUGGCAGCCAGGUGCAGCUGAGCAUGGGCAACACCCUGUUCAUGGACAAACGCCUGAAGCCCAUGAAAACAUUUCUGAAGGACAUCAAAAAACUGUACAGAGGAAAAGCUGUCUCCAGUAGCUUUCAGAAUUCCACUGAAGCUAAAAAAGAGAUCAAUGAUUACGUAAAGAAUAAAACUCGUGGGAAUAUAAACCAAAUACUUGAGGACCUUGAUCCAAACACUCUGAUGGUAAUUGUUAACUACAUUUAUUUCAAAGCUUACUGGGAAAAUCCUUUCAAUAUUAAGGGGACUCACAAGGACUUUUUCCAUGUGAAUGCAAAGACCUCAGUUGAAGUGGAGAUGAUGACUCGAGAUGGAUUUUAUAAAGCAUACUCUGACAGGAAGCUGUCUUGCCAGGUGGUGCAGAUUCCUUACAAGGGAGAUGUUACAGCAUUGUUUAUCCUGCCUAAUAAAGGAAAAAUGAAACAGUUGGAACAUGCCCUGACAAAAAACACUGUUUCUAAAUGGAAAAGAUCUCUUCAAAGAUGGAGGAUGGAAUUGCAUAUCCCAAAACUAUCAAUUUCAGGCACCUAUGACUUAAAGAGGAUCUUAAUGAAGCUGGGUGUAACUGAUGUGUUUUCUAAUCGGGCCGAUCUGUCUGGAAUCACAGGAAACCCUGAUGUGAAGGUUUCAAAAGCUACUCACAAGGCCCUGCUGAAGAUCCAUGAGAAUGGCACAGAGGCUGCAGCAGCCAGCAGCAUAGAUGUUCUUCCUCAUUCUGCUCCUCCCAUUGUUAAAUUCAAUCAUCCCUUCUUGCUGUUGAUUGUUGAUCAGUAUACUCAGAGCAUCCUCUUCAUGGGAAAAAUUGUAAACCCAACUGAAAAAUGACUGGUCAGUGGCUGGUCUUAUUGGUUUGAAUUGCAUUUUAUGGAAUUAUUGUCCAUUGUGAUUAAAAUUAUAUCCCAACAGUUAUUAAAUUUUUUUUCCAAAGAAAUCAGAAAAGAAUGCAGACAUUCUUAGAAACAUUCUUUUAGCUUCAUUCUUCCACAGAAAAUAACCAGUGAGAUAUACCUAUUAGUGAAUUGUGAAGAAUUUGAUAAAUCAGCCUUUUAGUGAUCAGUGCCAUCUUUAAAAAGCAAGACAAUAGCCAGCUGAGAGACUCAGUUGAAACACUGUAAAUAAAUAAAAUUUGAGUGGAUAAAUCCAAAUGAAUUCUCUGCAAACAACAGGUUGGCUUCUGACAUUGGUAGGGUUUCCAGUAGAAGGAAGGCAUAUCUGCAAAUUACACAGUGGGAGAGUCAGUCACUUUAGACCAAGCCUAGAUACUUCCUUUGAAGGUCAGGCCUAAUUCCAUACUCUCCUUUAGAACAUUCACAGCUGAUGGUAUCCACCCACAUUGUGUUGGUGUCCUUGAGCUGGCCAUUAAUGUAAACCCUACACAAACAUCCUAUGUGGAACCAGUGUUGGGAAAUGUUUUAGUUGGCUAGAUAUCCAAAAGUUUCUACUGGCAUUGCAUUAUGGAUUUAAUAUUGUAUUUCCUGUAAAAAGAAGUCCCACGUGGAUGUUCAAAAGAGAAAGGAUUUGAAUACGUGGAAGGGGAAAAAACAAACAGUGAGAUGAAUCCUAUCUCCAGAGUUUAUGUCUAUGCUGGUAAAUAAAGAGCUCUAAGAUCUGUUCUCUAACCAUGAGGUCAGCUGGCUCAUCACAGGUCGUUACCACAUUGCUUAAUUCUGACCCUGCAAGUCAUCCCAUUUACUUAUUGGAAAUGGCCCUUGGCCUGUGCUAACUCCAAACACAUGCUUAGCACUUGUUUGGAAGAAUCAUACAGUGGCAUGUGUCUGAAGCUGUUCUAAAAGUAUGUGUCUGCAGGCUGAUGGCCAGGUCUGUUCCCCAGAACUGCUCUGUGUACUGCGACAAACAGAGCCAGAGUGAACAACAGAGGAGAGGGAAAGUGUACCUUCAUCACUCAGGCCUACAAGCUCCCCCUCUGCUGGACAUUUGUAUUUUUUUGAAUAACACUAAGUUCCAGGUGAUGCUGAUAGGUCUCCACAACUACUUCUCAGAAUGAGUGAGCUGGAGACCCUGAUUUGGCAGUUCAAUAAACGCCCUUCAAAACUACGUCAGACACAGACUCCCACGUUUUUAGCACAGAUGUGUUUGGGUGGUCUCUCCCGAUUAGUCCUGUGCAUUUGCUGUAAUUGUAUAUGCUUAUUUUCACAGUAAAUGUGAGUGCUUAUUUUCAAAAGGCUACUCCUCAUUAAGGAUUUGUGCUGUUCCUCAGAUGAUACCGCAAGGCUUUGAUGAUGCAGUGACCAGAAACGCUUCAAAGCUGAGCACAUAGAAACCACCAUGAAGCAUAAAAUAUGAAAGUUUAAUUCUGUUAUGCUGUAGCAUAAAUGAACUCAAAUGCAAUUUAAAAUGUGAUGCAA